AUGUUUCCAGUUGCGCAGAGUUCUCUACCAACAGUGAAGCUUGAAACGGAUGAGUCAGCAGCGGGACCAAGCGGUUUUGACAACUCAAUUGCGGCACUCGCAGAAGGGCUUCCUAUGCCGUCGUCGGACCUGUUGUCACCUGAUGGUGGUGCAGAUGGAGCUGAUAACAGGAAGGCGAACAACAAGAAAAAACGGCCAGAUCGGUUCAAGCGAGCGAGACAGAAACGUGUCAAGGAAAUAAAGCGAGAAGUUGAUGGACUGGUCAUACCCGCGCGUAACAAAGCACUUCCGCUAAAGAAUGUCAUCCAAGGGUCGAAGACUGUGGCUGCUGCUCUUGCUGCUGCUCUUGGAUCAUCCACCUCUCCGACGGAUGCAUCUCAUUCCCAAGCUGUUCCGCAGACAGAGCAGAGAGCUGAAACUCAGGAGGAGCGGACAGGAUCCAUACGCUCUUCAGGAACGAAUGCGACGGCAACUCAACCAACUCCCUCGAGGUCGAAAAAGAAUUCAACCGCUGCAGAUGGAGAUCACGAGGAGACAGAACUUGCCCUGGGCAGGGUUACAAAGAAGCCUCGACUCUCAGCACCCUCGACCGCUACUAGCGGUGCAACGGAGGGUUUGAAUAAGGUUGAUAAUAUUGGAUCAGACUACUUUAGGCGACGUCUACGUCCACCAAGGUGA